AUGUUUGUAGUAGCAUCAGCAAUAGCUAUAGGAGCAAUAGCUCAUGAAAGACAUAAAAAAAAAAGAAAAGCAAAAUUAAAUAACAAUAAACAACAAUCAAUAGAAACUUAUCAAAGAUUACAACAACAACAACAAACAAAUGGAUUUAGAAGACCACCUCAACAAUAUGGUGGACCACCACCACAAAAUUAUGGUAGAUCAAAUAAUAAUAAUGUUCAUCGUAAAAGACCAAUGCCUCAACAACAAUAUAGGGGGAAUUAUGCUCAAUCACAACAUCCACAACAACAACAUCUUCAAGUACCACAUCAACAACAACCUAAUAAAAUUAAUAGACCAUCACAACAACAAGGUGGUCAAGUCAACUACAAUAGACAGGGUAGAACUAAUAAUGUUGCUAGUUCAAAUAAUAGAAGAACUCAAAACCAAGCACCACCUCGUUCUCCAGUUAGAUCAAUGCUUAGAGAAGAUGAAACUCAUGAUCCACCACCUGCUUAUACUCCUUAG